CUUCAUAGAUUAAUGAGAGGAGGAUGCUAUGAGCCUUGAGGUAGGUAGACAUUUUUCUUCCUUAUUUGUAUGUAUCUUUGGUAGGUAGAGUAAGUACCGCUGCAUGUCCGAAGGGAUGAUGAUGUAUUAUAGAAAAACAGAUAGAUAUAAGACAUCGCCAUGGUCUGUUGGCCUAACUAAAAGAAAAUGUUUAUGAUGAUUCAUGUCUAGGUACACAGUAGUAGGUAAAGUGACGACUUAAGUAUGCAGGGCGCUUGGAAGGCACAGGGGUUAGAAGGGAUACCGGUAGUGUGGAGUGCAGAUGCGGUUGGUUCUAAAUGACGCCAUCUGGACAACAUCUAUAGCUCUACAGCAGAUACCAGCGAACGUUGUGUUCCAAUACCUGCGGUGUCACGGCCAUUAAAGAAUUCCGUACUUUACCUGGCAGACCUGGCAAUAGAAACUCUCUCACUAAAUCCCCCGUGCCACUUCUCACUUGGGAAACAAAUUAGUUGAAAGACAUGGACCUUGAAAAUAACCUCCCAGCGGCCGCCCAAGAGGGCUUUAAAGACGCCGCCGCCUAUGACACGCAUCGUCCGAACUAUCCGCCCGAAGCUGUCGAGAUAUUUCUCCAGAACAUUAACAUUGCCGGACAAGAUGAGGUGAACGUAGUCGAGCUAGCAUCCGGGGGUGGGAAGUUCACCGAGGUCUUGGCCGCGCGACCAGAGAGAUACUCGAUCAAGGCUGUUGAACCGCACGGCCCGAUGCGCGACAAACUGGCUCAAAAGGACUUACCAGGCGUCGAGGUGCUUAAUGGCAAGGCCGACAAGAUGCCGGUCGAGAGUGAAUGGGGGGAUGUUUGCAUCACAGCCCAGGCAUUUCAUUGGUUCGCAACAUUCGAAGCUUUGAAGGAGAUUCAUCGUGUCUUGCGCCCUGGUGCUGUCCUGGGCAUGAUCUGGAACAUUGAUGACUAUAACAAGCCGCCAGGCUGGCCAGCGACAACUAAAUGGGAGCAAAAACUGAAUGAUUACAUAUUGUCGUUUGACGAUGGUCUGCCUAGAUUUCGACACUCGAAAUGGCAAGAAAUUUUUGAGCAGCAACCACCGGGAAACCCGGUCCAGGCCAUAAAGAAUACGUUCACCGACCAUCUUCCUAGAUUCAGCCUUCCUCUUGGAGAGAACAGUGUCAAAUGGACAAAGUGGUUAAGCGAAGACGCGCUUUGGGCUCGGAUUAAUACACUUAGCCAAAUCGCCGUCCUCAAAGGGAGGGAAAGGGAGGCGGCCGUCAAGGUAUUCAGGAAUAUCUUGAAAGAUGGAGAUGUAGAAAGAAAUGAGAAGGGAGAGGUUGCUGCCCACGGUGUCACUUAUUUCGCGUGGACCGAUAGAAUAUAGAUAGAUAUCUCGCGAUUCUUAAGGUUAAUGAUAUAUCACCAAGGUGGAUGUCCAUUUGCAUUUGAAUGAUCCCAUCCGACCUCCGCCGUAUCAAGUUCGGUGGAU